AUGGACGCCCCGGGCACCGCACGGUGCUCCGAGGCGCCCGACCCCGGAAUCGAGACCGCGGCACCGCCGGGCACCGGCAGCGGGAGCGAAGCCCUCAGCGCAGACCCCGAGACAUCCCCGGGACACCGGGCAGCGCGCCGCCGGCACCGGGAGCGAAGCCCCAGGGCACCAGCACGGGCUGCGAUGCUUCCCGGGGCGGGUCCCCUCGCCUUCCUCCUCCGGUGCCUCCUGCUCCUCUUCGCCUCCGAGAGCCGAGCCCGGGCUCGGCCGGAGGCGUUCUGCGACUUCAACGGCAAGAAGUACAGCCCGGGGGAGAGCUGGCACCCGUACCUGGAGCCGCAGGGGCUGAUGUACUGCAUCCGCUGCAGCUGCUCCGAGAACACCAACAUCCGCUGCUCCCGGAUCCAGUGCCCGGCCCUGCCGUGCGCCAGCCCCGUCACCGAGCCCCAGCAGUGCUGCCCGCGGUGUCCCGAGCCCCCUUCCCCGUCCGGGCUCCGAGCCCCCGCCAGGUCGUGCCGGUACAACGGGACCACGUUCCAGCAGGGAGAGAUGUUCAGCGGCAGCGAGCUCUUCCCGGGCCGCCAGCCCAACCAGUGUGUGCAGUGCAGCUGCUCCGAAGGCCAGAUUUACUGUGGCUUGGUGACCUGCCCUGAGCUGCUCUGCUCCUCUCCCUUCAGCGUGCCAGAUUCCUGCUGCCAGGUCUGCAAAGAUGGUUCCUUGGAGAAGUCCACGGAAGAGGAGCCCCUGCAGUUAAACAGAGGUGUUAGACACUCACAGGACCAGUGCUUGGGAGAGGUGGUGGGGAGGAAGCCAACCGUGUCCACAGUUCUCAGUUCUUCCCUGGAGUUAAUUCCCAGAAACUUCAAACCCAAGGGAACAGGUGGCACCACUGUGAAGAUCGUCUUGAAAGAGAAGCACAAGAAAGCUUGUGUGUACAAUGGGAAGACCUACUCCCACGGGGAAGUGUGGCACCCCGUUUUCCGGCUCUACGGCCUCCUGCCCUGCAUCCUCUGCACCUGCAGGGACGGCGUCCAGGACUGCCAGAAGGUCACCUGCCCCAAGGAGUACCCGUGUGAAUAUCCAGAGAAAGUAGAUGGGAAGUGCUGUAAAGUAUGUCCAGAAAGCAGAGUCAAACCCACGGAUGAAAUGGCCACGCCCCGGUGUGGCAGUGGCAAGGGCCCCAGCCGUGUCCUGGUGUACACCUUUGUGCCGCCGCGCUCCGAGGCCUCCAAGGAGAUCCUCAGGACCAUGGCCAUCGAGAAGGAGCUGGCAGAAGAGGUGGAAAUCUACAACUGGAAGCUGAUUAAAGGAAUAUUCCAUCUGAUCCAGACCAAGAAGAUCAGCAAACAAGAAUUCAAGCAAGAAGCACAAAACUUCAGGCUGGUCACUAGGACAAACGAAGGUCACUGGAACAUCUUCCGAGCGCAGACGUCGGAGCUGAGGAUGACAGAAAGCCCAGAGAAGGAAACAAAGGCCUUGUAA